AACAAGUACUUUAUAAGGUAAUUACAUCUUCAGUAUAACGGAUGCAGUUACUUAAGUAAAUUGAGUAGGGAGUUACUCCAAGUCUUGAAAAAGAAAUGGAUAUACUAUGGCAAAUGUAGAAUUGCUUGACAGUGCUGCUAAAUUGGAUUUCAUGGAAAUCUCGUGGAAAUCCUGUCAAUCGAUUUCCUGUAGAAAAAUCACUAGAGAGCCAUAGUAGGUGGGUGGAUGAUUGUUAACAUGUUAACUCGAUACGGAUAAUUGUACCUUUUUAUAGAUCUCCGUUGCAAACUCUGGAUCAGGAUUAUUUAACGUAGCUUUGCAGAAUUUGUAUAUUGGGUCAUUAUUCAGUUCACCAAAAACUGCUUGAUUUUGAAUUGAAAGAGAAACUGUUAUAGCGCUGCAAAGAUUGAUAUUGUAUAUCAUAACAAAACUUUUAAGGGCUCACGUAUUUGACUCUAGAUAUAUUUGUGUAACAUUUGAUAUUCUAAAGGAACCAGUGAUAGAAUGUGGCGGUGAUUUUGUGAAACUACGGGUUUGGAUAUUCUUGAACUAAUAGCCAUACUUACAGAAUUUGUCGCUUGGUGUUUUGUUUUAAUGCAUUUAUGUAGACGUUAAAGAAACGGACUCUCAAACCAUUACAUAUAUAAAGGAUUUUACUAUGUCACAUCCAUUUGACCCGGAAUUUUAAACGGAUUUAUAAACAUAAAGAAAUAAAAGUGAACAAUUGCCUGCAAAAACAGUUUAUCCGUUGUAACAAAAACUUGAAUACGUUUUGUUAUUUUCAAAAUUUCGUUUGUUUCAUUUUGGUAAUAUAUUUAUCUAAUAUCAAAUAUAUAUAUAUAUCGAUCGAGCAUUUAAAUAACGUUAAAUGUUCCAUAUAGCCGUUGACAUUAUAUCUUCAAAAAAAAAGAACAAUCUAACUGCCAGGAUAUUCCACAGAACUGAAAUCAAAGGAGACAGAACAACUCUUCAAUUAAUAAGUGUGAGAAUAAACCGCCAAUAAUAGCGGCAUGCGAGCGCCAUCUUAAAAUGCCAGCAGUGAACAUUACAAAUAAAAGUGAGCACGUGUCAAUUUCCAUACAGGAUUUAUUUACCCGACGGGGUUAUCGCUUCAAUAUUUAUUACCGACUGUUCCGUUUUAAGCGACAUAGCCUGUAAUAAAUCAUUUACCGAAGCGUCUAUUAUGACGUCAUCGAUAUCUUGGACAUCCCAAUAUGGUGAUCAUAUUCUCGUAUAACAAAUUCAGUCAUAGCAGCUGAAUUAUCCGCAUUACUUCGGAUUUAAUCACCACAGCAACAGAGAUGAAAGAAGUGCCUACAAUAUACCAGAACAACAUCGAUACCUCACUUGUCCAUAAUGGCCUUCAACUUUGUUAGUCUAUGCUGCUAUAUUAAGUAUCAGUAUUCAAAUUAAAACAGGUGAAACAGUUACGUUAUUGUUAUAGCAACCAAUCUAUAGUCAAUGUGAUGUCAGUCUAUGAGGCUGAGGCAAUGGCAAUGGCAGUAAGAUAUAACAAGGGAGGUAAAAAGAACGGCUACCUCCCAGAUGGAUUUGAAAAACCUCCUGAUUGGGAGAAUGAAUAUUCCGAAGAAGACGAGGUGUUUGUUGAAAGUCCUAGCAUAGACAAAGACAGUGCUACUAAACCUCUUAUGUAUCCGAGGGCAAGGACUAAAACAAAAAUUGGGCGUGGCCGUCUGCGCAAGUGUCGACCAAUCGUAAACGCUGUUUGUUGUUUUCUCUUCUUGGUGCUUUCUUUGGGUUCACUCAUGGGCCUUGUGGUUUAUUUUGUAAAUAAACAUGAACAAAAUAAGGCCAAAUUACAUGACAAGAUUCCACAAGGUGCUUUCAAAUUUAUCAGUGAGAAAAAGAUGAGGGACUUUUCGGAUAUCAUUGGUUGUGAUCAUAUAGAAGUUGAGGAUGUUUGGACCGUCGGUAUUCCGAAACUCUUAACUGAAUCUUCUUUCCGAUUGGUUGACGUAAAUCAAGAUGGCGUCUUAGAUAUUAUCGUAGGAUUUGCAACAGGAGCUGAUGGUUACAAUAUCCCUAGCAUAGUAUGUGAUAUUUAUUUUGCUGGUACAUAUCCAUGCUUUGGUGGCCUGCUAGCGCUAGAGGGAUCCAGUGGGAAAGAACUAUGGCGGCACUAUUCAGAUCAUGAAAUAUAUGGGAUCAACUGCGGAGUAGACUUGAACAAAGAUGGCGUCAUGGACUGUCUUGCAGGGGGUCGAGCUGGGGCAUUUCAAGCGGUAAGUGGGAAAGACGGGUCACUUAUUUGGAACUUUGGAAAACAGAACGCAAAGAACGACAUUAUGAACCUGUACACCGCCCAGAUCAUUAAAGACAUCGACGGAGACGGCACGGUUGAUAUUUUAGCUAUACAUGGCGGGGAUCCACUGCAAGAUCCAGGAAGCAAGUACCGUUUAUCAGGCCGCGUUCUUUUGAUGAGCGGCAAGACAGGUAAAGUGAUCAGCUGGAAGGGCGUUCCCGACGGCCGGGAGUCGUACUACUCACCGCAAGUUUACAUGUGGUUAGAUGGCACUCAGCUGGUGCUGUUUGGCACGGGUGGGGAGACACAUGGAGGAUCUUUGUGGGUUAUAAAACUUGACGAUCUUAUAAAAGGAGACAUAGAUAAGAGACAUGUAUUUCUUACUAGUAAUAAGUUUGCAACUAAAUAUGUAUGGAUAGACAGUAAAAGAAAAGAAUAG